AUGGGAGGAUCAGCGUUUUGCCCCGACACCGUAGCCGCGAUCAAAGCCUAUCAGAGACGAGCCAAAGCGACCGAUGAGCCUGAGGUGGAGAUGACGAAUCCUAACCCCAUUGCCGUCACAAUUGGUUCCGAGGAGGCCGAGACUAUCCCAGUUGAGUUCGGUGACGCAGUAGAUGGUGUCUCUGACAGAGUUUUCUAUAGACAUGUCAAGCCGGUUUUCUUGUGGAGGCUCCAAUAUUGGAUUGGUGUAGGACUCGAGAAAAGAUUGAAAAGAGGUCUUGCGGUUUUCGAUCAACUUCUCGAGAAGAUCAUAACGGCUAAAAGAGAGGAGAUCAAAAUGGCAAGAGACACAAUAAGUUCAGCUCUCACUUGGUUCUUCUGGCUUCUGUCCAAGAACCCUGAAGCAAUGAACAAGAUUCGACAAGAGGUUAACAAGAAGAUGCCGAGGUUUGAUCCCGCAGAUUUAGACAAGCUCGUGUAUCUACACGGUGCCGUGUGUGAGACGCUAAGGUUAUACCCACCAGUCCCAUUUAACCACAAGUCACCGGCAAAGCCAGACGUGCUUCCAAGUGGGCAUAAAGUCGAUGAGAAUUGGAAGAUUGUCAUAUCUAUGUAUGCAUUAGGGAGGAUGAAAUCUGUUUGGGGAGAUGACGCGGAAGAUUUCAGACCAGAGAGAUGGAUUUCAUACAGUGGAAGGUUAAAACAAGAACCUUCAUAUAAGUUCUUGGCGUUUAACGCUGGUCCAAGAGCUUGCUUGGGAAAAAAGUUAACGUUCUUGCAGAUGAAGACAGUGGCUGCGGAAAUCAUACGAAACUAUGACAUCAAGGUCGUUGAAGGGCACAAAACCGAACCUGUUCCUUCUGUUCUUUUUCGCAUGCAACAUGGUCUCAAAGUUAAUAUCACUAAGAUCUAG